CGGCCCGGAUCCCGACCCGGCCCGUCGUUUGAUCAUACAGAACGGAAGAGAGUACAAAGGAACAGCAGCAGCACACGUGUCCGUUACAGAAAUGCGGGCCCCACCCCCAUCACACGUCAGCGAGCGCACGUUGAAAGUCAUUCAAAAGCUCCGCCACUCCCCCAGCCCUCACCAUAUCCAUGAGUGAUGGGACCCCGAAAAAUCCGCCCGCAUUUCGCGUCCUUUUCUCCCUCGCUCGCCGCCAAAUCCCAUUCUAAAUUUAGCAGUGCCCGGCCAGUACGGCUCUAACCGCCGCCGCGCACUGGCCGGCUUUCCGUCAUACCUUUACCGCCCUUAAAACGGCGCUUCCCCACUCUGUUUUUGUCCCAGAGUGAGAAUAAUUAAAAAUGGCUUCUUUAUUCGGUUCAAGAAACCGGAGCAGAGCUUCGGCGCUCUUCUCCGACGCCAUCCUCUUCGCCGGCGGCUGUCUGGCGGCUCUCGUCGUCGUCUGGGCCCUUUGGUGUCUCCUGGCCCCGGGCAUCACCGCCGGAUCUAGUUUCUUCUCCGGCGCCGGUGCUGUCCCGAGGAGAAAGUACGCGGCUGUCGCCGCCGGCUGCAACGAGUCCGCGGCGGCGGCGGGGUUCGACCGGACCCACGAACCGGCCGACCCGAAUUUCUACGACGACCCGGAUCUGAGCUACACGAUCGACAAGCCGAUCAGGGACUGGGACGAGAAGAGGGUGGCGUGGCUGAGGCAGCACCCGUCGUUCAUUCCCGGGUCGGAGACCCGGAUUCUGAUGGUGACCGGAUCUCAGGCGAAGCCGUGCCGGAACCAGGUCGGCGAUCACCUCCUCCUCCGGCUGUUCAAGAACAAGGUGGACUACUGCAGAAUCCACGGGUACGACAUCUUCUACAACACCGCCCUCCUCCAACCCGAGAUGUUCUCCUUCUGGGCGAAGGUCCCGACGGUGAGAGCCGCCAUGCUGGCCCACCCAGAAGCAGAGUGGAUCUGGUGGGUCGACUCGGACGCCGCCAUCACCGACAUGGAUUUCAAGCUCCCCUUGUCCAGGUACGCCGCCCACAACCUCGUAGUCCACGGCUGGAAGAGCCUCAUCUUCGACCAGAAAAGCUGGACCAGCGUCAACGCCGGAGUCUUCCUUAUCCGGAACUGCCAGUGGGCAAUGGACUUCAUGGACGUGUGGGCCAGGAUGGGCCCACAGUCGCCGGAAUACGACAACUGGGGGAAGAUUCUCCGGACCACAUUCAAGGACAAGUCCCGGCCCGAAUCCGACGACCAGUCGGGGCUGAUCUAUCUGAUCCUAACGGAAAGCGAGAAAUGGGGGAAGAAGAUCUACGUGGAGAGCGACUAUUACUUCGAGGGGUACUGGCUGGAGAUCGUGGGGAGGCUGGAGAACGUCACGGCGCGUUACGCGGAGAUCGAGAGGCGGGAGGGGCGGCUGAGGCGGCGGCACGCGGAGAAGGUGAGCGAGAGCUACGCGGCGGCGUGGGAGGAGCACCUGAAGGACGCCGGGUACGGGAAGUUCGGCUGGAGGCGGCCGUUCAUCACCCACUUCACCGGCUGCCAGCCCUGCAGUGGGGACCACAACCAGGCGUACUCCGGCGAGGUCUGCGGCGACUCCAUGCACAGGGCCUUGAAUUUCGCGGACAAUCAGGUGCUCCGCAGGUACGGGUUCCUGCACCUGGAUCUACGGGACACCGCCGCCGUUGUGCCCGUGCCGUUCGAUUAUCCGGCCUGAGAUUUGAGGGAAAGCUGGGGGAUUUUAUU